AUGCCUCCCACAGACGCGGAUACCAUACGCAUUCUUGUCUCAACAGAUAAUCAUGUUGGAUACAAUGAACGCGACCCAGUUCGCGGGGAUGAUAGCUGGAAGAGUUUCCACGAAGUGAUGUGCCUUGCCAAAGAGCGAGACGUCGACAUGGUGCUUCUGGCCGGGGAUCUCUUUCACGAGAACAAGCCGUCUCGGAAGUCCAUGUAUCAGGUAAUGCGGUCUUUGCGCAUGAAUUGUUUCGGAGAUAAGCCGUGUGAGCUUGAGAUGCUCAGUGAUGCCAGUGAGAAUUUCCAGGGCGCUUUCAACCAUGUGAACUACGAAGAUAUGGACAUCAACGUGGCUAUCCCUGUGUUCUCGAUACACGGGAACCACGAUGAUCCCUCUGGCGAGGGUCACUUGGCCGCACUUGACCUGCUGCAGGUCUCUGGGCUGAUAAACUACUAUGGCCGAACCCCUGAAUCCGAUAACAUCCAGAUCAAGCCGGUUCUGCUCCAGAAAGGCCGUACAAAGCUGGCUCUGUUCGGGAUGAGCAACGUACGAGAUGAGAGGCUCUUCCGCACAUUUCGAGACGGCAAGGUGAAGUUCUUUCGGCCGUCGAUGCAGCAGGAGGACUGGUUCAAUCUUAUGAGUGUACAUCAGAACCACCACGCCCAUACCGAGACUGGCUAUCUGCCGGAGACAUUCCUACCGGACUUCCUUGAUCUAGUUAUCUGGGGCCAUGAGCAUGAGUGUCUGAUAAACCCUCGUCUGAACCCCGAAACCAAUUUCCAUGUCAUGCAGCCAGGCUCGUCGGUUGCAACGUCCCUAGUCCCCGGUGAAGCCGUACCGAAGCAUGUCUCCAUAUUAAGCAUAACGGGGCGCGAAUUCAAAUCAGAACCCAUUCUCCUAAAAUCUGUUCGUCCAUUUGUGACUAGGGAGGUUAUACUGAGCGAGGAGAAAGAAAUGCAAAAAGUCUCAAGGAAAGAGGAUACCCGUACCGAAACAACCCGCUUCUUGAUGGGUAUCGUUGAAGAGAUGAUCGAGGAGGCCAAAAACGAAUGGUUGGAGCAGCGGGAAGGAGUUGAUGAUGACGAAGAAAGCACAUUCCCACUCCCACUGGUUCGAGUCAAAGUCGAAACUUCAAAGGCUGGCGGAGGAAACUUUGACUGCGAAAACCCACAACGCUUCUCGAAUAGGUUCGUUGGCAAGGUUGCCAACGUGAAUGAUGUAGUGCAGUUUCAUCGCAAAAAGAAAGGAACAGCUCUUGCCCGUGGUAAAUCUGAUGCUCCAGAUGAAUCUGCGGUUUCACACCUCGUGGCCCUCGAUGCAAUCAAAGUGGAACAAUUAGUCCGAGAGUUCCUCACAGCACAGUCCCUAACUAUCCUGCCUCAAAACUCAUUUGGAGAUGCCGUCUCCCAGUUCGUUGACAAGGAUGACAAAUACGCGAUGGAGAUGUUCGUCAACGACUCUCUAGAAAGCCAGAUAAAGCAUCUCAUGAACCUAGAUCGAGACCAGGACGGGGCAGACCCCGACGACGAUGAACGGGAGGGUGUUAUUCAGGCUGCCAUGGAUAAAUACCGAGAACAGUUGGAAGAAGUGUUUGCAAAGGGGAAGGGUAGACGGACUGGCGGGAAAAAGCGAUUCAAACCUAAACCUGAUGGGUGGGAUACGGAGUUUGAUGGCGUAUGGGAAGAUCAACCUGGCGCAUUAUUACAUUCUGACCAUGAAGCCGACGGUAAUGGCGAGGAGGAAGAACAAGAGGCUCCUGCCAGGGCUGCUACCACUAGUCGCCGACGAGGCGCAUCAGCCACCACAUCUACAUCCACUCGUGGCAGGGUUCAAGGGACGUUGAAUUUCGGUCGAUCUCAAGCUAGCCAGAGCCAAACCGUAGCGGGCACAAGUGGUAGCGGGUCAAGCAGUAGACCUACGCGAGCUGCUGCGACGAGGGCGGCCCGUAGCGUCAGUGUGAUGAGUGAUGGGAUUGAGGAUGACGACGAUGAUGAUGAUGCAUUUGAUCCAGCACCAAUUGGGUUUGAUUAG